AAUAAUAAAACUUGUUUCCGCUUCCGUUUGAUUUCUUUGCGGGAAAUGCAACUUGAAAACAAAACAAAGUGAUGUCCUCUCCAAUAAAAAAUAUCACAUUACACCAUACGGAAGGUGAUUUUUUUGAAUCUCUGAAUCGUCUUCAAGAAGUUGACACUGAACCCAUUUUAACUGAAACAUUAGCCUUCCCUGAGAAGACGGGAGUUGCACCUUCUUGUGGGUUGCUUGCGGAAAAAGUUGAACAUACAACAGCUGAAAUUAACAUUGUUCAGAAUUCGCCUUUAUCCAUCCUUCCAGAUUCUAAGGAAGUCCACUAUGGAGUAAUAAAAGAAGAAUUAGAGAAAAGCAUUUCUGAAUUAAAUGAUACUCUUACGUUCAUAAAUGCUGAAGCUCGUGAACUUGAGAUUGAAAUACAUGAAGAGGGAAGCUGGAAUGACCAAAUUAGUGAUGUAGUUCUUGAUUCUCUCGCAAAAAGACUUAAUGAACAAAACUUUGAAACAAAUGAUGCAGAAGGUGCUAAGGAAAAGCUGAAAAGUGAAAUAGCUGAUAAAACAGCAAAAGCAAACAUUUACUUCAAGCAGUUGUUAAAGGAUUCAUCACAGUUUUGUAGCAAAUAUUUUAAGUUACCUUCUGAGGAAGAAUUCAACGAUGUUCAGAAAAAGCUGCGCUCAGCUGAUAAAACAGUGACUGUUAGGAAUAUGCUCAGUUUGAAAGACAUUAUAUCAGAAUUGAUGAACAAAUGUUUUGAUGAACCAAAUCAUCCGUAUAUAGUGCUGGACAAACGGUAUUGGCCCCCAUAUGUUGAGUUGUUGCUUAGAUGUCAGAUUGUUGUCCGUCAUCCAGAUGAUCCUAGGCGGGUUAAGCUUAUUCCAUUUCAUUUGUGACUGGGCAGUCAUAGGUACAUUGUUGUAGUUGUAUUUAUUUGACUGGAAUAUUAUGUAUUUAAUAUGUACAAUAAUGAACAAGUGUAUUUUAUUUGUUUUUAUUUGAAUUAUAACUAUUGAUAACCAUGUAAAGAUUGCACUUUUGAAAUUAUACAUGUAUAAAAUGUAAAAUAUUUAA